GUCGUAACAAAAUCCCCCAGUGUCAAUCAAAUUCGCUGUUAGCUCAGCUUGGAAGGUGUUAGCCAGUCGAUAUAAAUAUACCGGUGAAUAAACGACGCAAUGGCUCCGAAGAAAAAUCCCAAAACGCAUUCCAAGAAAGAAACACAGAGCACUGCGGGGUUUGUCGGCUCUAAGAAUAGUGAGGGAUCAGGUUCCGGACCUCACAAUUGGUCGUGCGAGAACGGUGAGGAGGAGGCACUUGGUUUUGUCCUGAUGAUUGAGUCGCCGCCAUCCUGCUCGUUUGUCACUUCUCGUCUCGUUGUGGUCUCUUUGGAAGUUUCCUUCUCAUUGUUUGGAUCAUACACGUUCAAUGUGCUAGCUUGACGGGUCGCUGGGAAGGUUUUGCUCCAUGCAGCGCUAUCGCCACUAUGGCGCGUCCGCCCCCUCCUCAAUCCCCUCGGCAGCGCCGGCGGAGGAGGCCCACAGCACCCAGGAGGUGCUGAACACUCAGGAGGACGUGUAUGAAGAGCAGGGGGAACCGAUGGUAAACGAGGAGGCUUUGGAUGGCCUCAAGAAGACAGGAGGAGCCAGUGUGGAGGAGGCCGCGGCCCCACAUCAGGCUCCUCCACUCUCCGAGUCAAAGCCGCCGCCAGCCGAAAGCAAGAGCAACAAGAAGGCGGCAGGAGGAGACACGGGGGGCGGAGCCAAGUAUUCCGUGUUCACCUGGUUCGCGGUGCUGGCCCUGCUGGGGGUUUGGAGCUCGGUGGCCGUUGUCUACUUUGACAUCGUCGACUACGACAGCGUCAUCGCGCGAGCUCAGGAGUUCCGUAUGAACUUUUCACAAGUUUUACAAGGGAAGCUGACGGCCUACGACACGGACGGAGAUGGCGACUUCGACGUGGAGGACGCCAAAGUCCUGCUCGGCCUGAAAGAAACUCCAAGCCAGCGGCAACCAUAUGAAGAGCAACCAGCGGGUGAAUAUGUUGCUACCGCUACAAAUGAGACCCGUCCAGUAUAUUUACAAAUUAAUUCCAUCAUUUACCUGCCAGAACCCGCUGAAGAUCAGGCGAACAACCGGCAAGCCGCAGAGCCGGCUGAAGAGGAGUCAGUGGAGGCGCAUACGGAGGAGAGCACAGCUCAGGACUUCAGUGUUGAAGAGCAGUCGACCACGCAACCCGAGGACGAGUCGGUUGAGGAGCACCCCGAGGAGAGCGCGACAGAAGACUCGCCAACAAUCUCUGAAGCUGAAGAUGUGGACUCUGAAAUCCAAGCUGCUGUUCCACUGCCUGCCUUUGUAGAAGAAGACUUUGUAGCUGAUGAUCCUCGAGGAGACACUGAGCAUCCUCUUGAGGAGGACGUGGACGCCAUCGACACAAGCGGAGUCCUGGUGGAGGAGCCGUCAUCUCAGGAGACUGUUGUGGAAUCUCUAAAAGAUUUGACGAGCUCCAAAGUGACUCAAGAAGAAGAAGAAGGAGAGCCAGCGGUGGAAACAGAGCAGUUUUUUGAACCUGUAGAAACACAGAGCGAGAACACAGCAGAGAGCAGCACACCAGCCGAGCCGCCGUUGGAGGAGGAGAAGCAGUCUGAGCCGGUUGAAGCACACAGCGAGACUGCUGGAGGGAGCAGCACGCCCGAGGAAGCGGCGGACCUCACAACUGCGGAGAAGCCCAAAGAAAAAGCCAAGAAGAAGAAAGCCAAACUGCUCAACAAGUUGGACAAGAGCAUUAAAGCAGAACUGGAUGCUGCAGAGAAGCUUCGCAAGAAAGGAAAAGUGGAGGCGGCGCUGCAGGCAUUUGAGACUUUGGUGCACCAGCACCCGCAGAGCCCCCGCGCUCACUACGGGAAAGCGCAGGCGGAGGACGACCUAGCCGAGAAGCAGCGCAGCAACGACAUGUUGCAGAAGGCCAUCGGCAGCUACGGAGACGCCGCAGAUCUUCCGGACGCCACCCCCGACCUGAUCCGAGCCGCCCUCAAGAGACGAGCCGAGCGUCAGCAGUUCCUGGGCCGCAUGCGUGGCGCUGUGGCCACGCUGGAGAAGUUGGUGCAGAUCUUCCCAAAAGACAUCAGUCUGAAGAACGACCUGGGCGUGGCCUACCUGUUGCUAGGCGACAACAAAGGUGCCAAGGCGAUCUACGAGGAGGUUCUGGCGGUUGCCCCCAGCGACGGCUUUGCGAAGGUUCACUACGGCUUCAUCCUGAAGUCGCAGAACAAGAUCGCAGAGAGUAUUCCUUACCUGAAGGAGGGGCUGGAAUCAGGAGAGCCCGGCACCGAUGACGGACGUUUCUACUUCCACCUAGGAGACGCACUGCAGAGAGUCGGAGACAAGAGCGCCUACCACUGGUACCAGGUGGGCCACGAGCGAGGUCACUUUGCGUCUGUGUGGCAGAGGUCACUUUACAAUGUGGACGGGCUUAAAGCGCAGCCCUGGUGGACCCCAAAUGAGACCGGAUACACCGAUCUGGUGAAGGCACUGGAGAAGAACUGGAAGAUGAUUCGGGACGAGGCCAUGGCCAUGAUGGACCAAAACACGGGCCAGUUUGUACCUGAGGAGGAAAACCUGAGGGAGAAAGGAGAGUGGGGCCAGUACACACUCUGGCAGCAAGGGAAGAAGUCUGGGACUUCCUGCCAGGCUGUACCGAAGACCUGCUCGCUACUGGAGAGAUUUCCCGAAGCCACCGGCUGCAAGAGAGGACAGAUUAAGUUCUCAGUGAUGCAGCCGGGCACGCACGUGUGGCCGCACACGGGCCCCACCAACUGUCGACUGAGGAUGCACCUCGGCCUCGUCAUUCCCAAACAGGGAUGCACGAUCAGGUGCACGGACCAGACCAGGGAGUGGGAGGAAGGCAAAGUGCUGAUCUUUGACGACUCCUUCGAGCACGAGGUCUGGCAGGACGCGGACACCUUCCGCCUCAUCUUCAUCGUGGACGUGUGGCAUCCGCAGCUGACGGCGUCCCAGCGCCAGACCCUCAGCGCCAUCUAGACUGACGCGCUCAGGACACUGAAGGUUCCUCUGGGUGAUACUACUGACUUGAGCACACCCACUUUCACACCUCCACACACACACACGCAACAAGCAGGGCUUAAUGCUCAAUUCGGUUUUUGGGGUGUAGCCGUUCCCGACAGUAAUUAUGACCACAGUUAACCGGCGUUUGCCCGCACUCAGCAACCUUCGUGUUUGUAGCGUUGAUUAGCGAGAGACUCAUCGUGUGUUUUCCUGCUAGCCCACUUUUUCCUUUUGUAUGAUCACUACAACCAGCAGAUGUUAUCAGAGAUUCUAUUUUUAUUAAAAAUGACACCAGAAAAUC